AUGGCACAUAAAACUGUCGACUAUUCUUUGUAUCUUGUGACCGAUAGCAACCUUGUUCCCGAGGGCACUACUUUGCUCAACCAAAUCGAACGUGCUUUGGAAGGUGGCGUUACUAUUGUUCAGCUUCGAGAAAAGAAUCUCGACACCGGUCCAUUCAUUGAGCUGGCUCGUCAAGUGCAGCAAAUCACACGCAAGUUCAAUGUACCACUCCUAAUCAAUGACCGUCUCGAUGUCGCUUUGGCUGUGGACGCUGACGGUGUUCAUAUUGGACAAGACGAUAUGCCUAUGCGUCAAGCGCGUCAACUCCUUGGACCCAAAAAGAUUAUUGGUGUAUCCGUCAACACGAUCGAAGAAGCCAAGGAAGCUAUUCAAGCAGGUGCUGAUUAUCUUGGUGUGGGUGCUGUUUGGGAUACGAGUACCAAGAAGCUUACCAACAAGACAUUGGGUAUUGAAGGCACCAAACAUGUUCUUGAUUCCAUUGAUCCGAUUCCUGCCGUAGCCAUCGGUGGCAUCAAACUCGAGAAUGCACAAGACUUGAUGAAGGGUGCCAAUCGCCUUGCUGGCUUGGCUAUUGUCUCUGCUAUUAUCGCAUCCUCAGAUCCCAAGGCAACAUGCAUCGACUUUAACAAGAUUAUUCGUGGAUGUCUUGCUCAAGCUCCAAAGACAACGGAUUCGGCUCUCGAGGCACGUCAAUUUGCUAUCCAAGCUGCCAAGAAUGUUAGAGCUGUGGGUCCUAUGGUGCAUCACAUUACAAACUAUGUCGUGAUCAAUGAUAACGCCAAUGCCACCUUGGCUGUGGGUGCAUCCCCUAUCAUGUCCACCAAUUUCGAGGAACUCAAGGACUUGGCGGCUGUGAAUGGUGCUAUGGUACUCAACAUGGGCACUCUCAACAAUAUCCAGACCAUGUUUGCUGCUGCUCAUGCCAACUUUGAACGAGGCAACCCUGUCAUUUUUGAUCCUGUUGGUGCUGGUGCAACCCAAUUUCGAAAGACGACUACCCAACGUUUUCUUAACGAGUGCGAUUUGACGGUGAUCAAGGGUAACGGAGGCGAGAUCUUAUCUAUGGCAGGCCGUGGUGGUGCUUCUCGCGGUGUCGAUUCAGUGGGUGAUAAUGGUGGUGAAGAGAAUGCAGUCGCAGCUGUCAAGGAGCUUGCACGAAAGAAUGGUUGUGUGGUGGCAAUGACGGGUCCUAUCGAUUAUGUUUCGGAUGGUGAGCGUGUGUAUGCCAUUGAGAAUGGUGAUCCCCUUUUGGCUUGUAUCACUGGAAGUGGAUGUAUGGUAUCAUCUAUUGUAGGAUGCUUCACUGCUGCCAACCGAAACGAUUACUUGCUCGCCACUGUUGCAGCCAUUCUCACGGUGACCAUUGCUUCGGAGCUAGCUGUCAGACGCAAUGAAGUUAGAGGACCCGGCACUUUUCGAUCUGCACUUAUCGACGAGCUUUACAAUGUCACCAAUGAUACCAGCCUUAUUGCAGAACACGCCAAAGUUAGAGUCAUUCAAUAA